AUGAGAACACUUAUAAAGAGCAUUUCAGGGCGUGCGGCAAUGACUGCUGUUUGGUGUUUUAAGGUAGAGAACUUGAAGUCCAGACGAGGAUUCUCACGGCCAGAGAUGAUGAAAAGGACAUCACGGAACUAUCGGAAUCUGCCUUUUUCUUUGAAAAGAGGGGCAUGGAGUCCCGAAGAAGAUCUGAAGUUGAUUGCUUAUAUUAAGAGAUAUGGCAUUUGGAAUUGGAACGAGAUGCCAAAAGCUGCUGGUUUGCUGAGGUCAGGAAAGAGUUGCAGGCUUCGUUGGAUGAACUAUCUAAGGCCAGAUAUAAAACGUGGAAACUUCAGCAAAGAAGAAGUGCAAACUAUAAUCAAGCUGCAUGAACUACUCGGAAAUAGAUGGUCUGCAAUUGCAGCAAAAUUGCCUGGUAGGACAGAUAAUGACAUAAAGAAUUACUGGAACACCCACUUGAGGAAACACUUGAUCAACAAUAUUAAUAUUGCAAUGCGAACAACUGAACUACAAGGAACACAAAAAUCCAACAUAGAAUUUAAACAGAAGAAUCCAUCUGAAAGGGAUAUUUCGCAUCCGAAGAUAUUGAAUUCAGAAGAGUACUCCUCCAAGGGGUGGUUCCCCAUGUCACCAAAGCCGUUUAGUGCUUCAAACCCUAAUUUUGUGAAUGAUGAAAAGAAGAAUAAAAACCAGACCAUAGAUGAGGAGAUCGAUGUUGGAUUACUUGAAUCAUUUGGAGAACUAAGUUUAUGGGAUAAGUGGCCAUAUUCGAUGGAAGGCUCGUGCAAGGUGGAGGAUGAUGGAGAAACAUACACAGAUGAAAUGUGGAAAGAAACCCGAGGCACAGGUUCAAAUGCCAUGGAAAGCCGCCAGCAGCAGAAACGUCAAAUUUUUCAAAUACAGGUAAGGAAGAAUAGAGAUUUCCAACGAGGUGUUUGA